ACACGAAACCAUAGACAUGGAAAAAUGAAACCAAUAUAGACGUAAACUUUCAAUUUUACCCAAUUCUCUCCCCUCUCUCUCUCCCUCUCUCUCCCUCUGUUCUGAGAGCGAAGAGAAAGGCAAAACAGACCCAUCAAUCAACUGAUGAUAUAAUACAUAUACACAUAUAUAGAUAUGGAUAGAUAUAAGGAUUGAAGAAUUAUUCUAUAUGUCAAUCACAUAACGGUCCUCAGAAUUCCAUGGCUCUAAGCAACCGAAAUAAGUCGCUGACAUGUUGUUUUCUCCCCCGAGAUUUCUUCUUCCAAUCUCACCUGAAUCAGUCUUACCCUCGCACCGAUUAGGUCGGACUUCAUCUUCACUUAAAUCCCUUCCAUGCAAAUCUUUUUUUUUUUUUUAAUACAGGUUGUACGUCUAUUUCUCCUCCGAAAAUUCAACGCGGGAAUCAGAUUUCCCAUGACCGAUUUCUGUUUCUUGCUUCACAAAUAACACCAGAUUUUGAUGGGUUUGAUUUAUUGUGUAUAUUGUACCUAGUUAGGUUUGGAUUAACAUGUAUAACUUGGCCUCUUCUUCAAUUGGUUUUAUGGCUCUUCUAUUUGGCUCUUUUUUGGUUUCUCUCUCAUCCCUUUUAAGUACUUUCCUCAGACUUCUCAACAAAGUCUUGUUCAGAUAUGUUAGAGAUGAUAGUUCCAAGGUGAACAUUCUUCUUCCCCAAGAAACCGAUCGGAUUGGUUCGAGUGAUUCUGUUAUUGAGAACCCAGAAGUUAUGAGGAUUCAAAAGUCAUGUUCUGAGAUCUCUCGUGUUGAGGAUUCAAAAGGGUCGGAAGAUUUUGAAGGAAAAGAGUCUUCAAAAGAGCCGAAAUUUGUUUUCACAUUCAAGUUUCCGACUUAUGAAGAAUUCACCAGCAAUCUUACAGAGAAUAAUGGCGGUUUCGCUAGCUCUGGCUCUAGCUUCUUCGUCGAAGAAGAAGAGAUAGUCUCGAGCUUUUCUGCAAAGUCUCAAUCUUCGAGCAACGAGGAGAUUUCCCAUUCUGAGUUCUUGUCCGAGAAGGAUUUUGUUGAAGAGAUUGUUGAAAAUUCUCGUUCUGGGAAAGGGAAAUUACAGAGCCAAGAAACAGAGUACGAAAAUUUUCUGUCGGAGAGUACUAAUAUGGCCUCGGAUUCUGACUCCGAUUCAAUCACUUCAAGCCGAGAAUUCUCGUUUAUAACUCGAUUCAUGGACUCAACCAGCGAUGAUUUUCUCUCGGACGUGGAUUUUGAAGGAUUUAGCGAAGUGGGCACUCUUGUUAAUGAGAAAAACAGUGAGUUUAGUGAUCGUGAAGACGAAGAAGAAGAAGAAGAAGAAGAUGAGGGCAUUCUUGAAGAACUUAGGAAAUUAGAGAAGUCAGAAGAAAAUUUGUGUGAAACAGAGCCAAAUGAAGAGGAUUCAUCAGAAAAGUCAAAUGGUUUUGAGGAUUCAAAUGAUUUGGAGACCUUAUGGGAGCAUCAAGAAUUGCUUGAGCAGCUUAAGAUGGAGCUUAGAAAGGUCAGAGCCACUGGUUUGCCCACUAUUCUAGAAGAAUCCGAGUCUCCUAAGAUAACAGAGGAUUUGAAGCCAUGGAAGAUUGAUGAGAAGUUUCAUCACGGAGAUAGGUUGAGUGAGCUUCACAAAUUCUACAAGAGCUACAGAGAAAGGAUGCGCAAAUUUGACAUUCUGAAUUACCAGAAGAUGUACGCUUUAGGUUUUCUUCAAUCAAAGGACCCACUUCGAGCUUUCUCUAGCCAAAAGUCCUCAACACUAUGGGGAUACAAACGCAAGAAAUCUGAGUCUGACCAAAUGGAGAAGUUUGGGAGAGAAUUGAAGAGUGAUUUGGAAAUGGUUUAUGUUGGACAGUUGUGCCUUUCUUGGGAGUUCCUUCAGUGGCAAUAUGAUAAAAUCUUUGAAAUAUGGGAUUCUGAUCCAUAUGGACUGCGUCAGUACAAUGAAGUUGCUGGUGAGUUCCAACAGUUUCAGGUUCUUCUUCAAAGAUUCAUAGAAAAUGAGCCGUUCCAAGGUCCUCGGGUCGAGAAUUACGUCAAGAACCGAUGCAUUAUGCGUAAUCUUCUUCAAGUUCCGGUAAUAAGAGAGGAUUCAAAAGAAAGAAAGAAAGCAAGAAAAGGAGGGAGAGAAAAUGGUGGAAUUACAAGUGACAUGAUAUUAGAGAUCUUGGAAGAAUCAAUAAGAACCAUUUGGCGAUUCAUAAGAGCUGAUAAAUACGCUCAUAAUUUGGUCCCAAAGAGCCGUAGAGAAAUGGAUAUAGAGCUUCAAGACCCUGUAGACUCAGAGCUAUUAUUGGAGGUUCAAACGGAGCUCCAAAAGAAAGACAAGAAACUUAAAGACCUCUUGAGGAGUGGAAACUGCAUACUAAAGAAAUUGAGAAAGCACCAAGAAGAUGGCUCGGAUCACCUUCACUUCUUCUCUCAAGUUGAUCUGAGAUUAGUGUCGCGGGUUCUAAACAUGUCGCGGAUAACGACGGAUCAACUCGUCUGGUGUCACAAUAAACUAAGCAAGGUCAAUUUUGUGAAACGAAGGAUACAUAUAGAACCUUCAUUCUUGUUGUUUCCAUGUUGAUGUUAAUAUGAUAAACUAUUAGCUUAGCUUUUUCUCACUUUUAGGUGACCCUUUUCGGUUUUCAGGCUUAGAUCAUUUGUAACCCAAACGUAGUUAUGAGAGAAAAUAUUGGUGAAUGCCUUUUUUGGCACACCUUGCAGGUCCAAUAUCCAUGUCUAUUUUCCAAGUGUAGCUUCUUUUCCUAAU